AUGCUGGGCGUCGUGGAGCUGCUGUUGUUGGGGGCUGCGUGGCUGGCAGGCCCAGCCCGCGGGCAGAAUGAGACAGAACCCAUCGUCCUGGAGGGCAAGUGCCUGGUGGUGUGUGACUCCAACCCCACGUCCGACCCUACGGGCACUGCUCUGGGCAUCUCUGUGCGCUCGGGCAGCGCCAAGGUGGCUUUCUCUGCCAUCAGGAGCACCAACCAUGAGCCGUCCGAGAUGAGUAAUCGCACCAUGAUCAUCUACUUCGACCAGGUACUAGUGAACAUCGGGAACAACUUUGACUCAGAACGCAGCACUUUCAUCGCCCCGCGCAAAGGCAUCUACAGUUUUAACUUCCACGUGGUGAAAGUCUACAACAGACAGACCAUCCAGGUGAGCCUCAUGUUGAACGGUUGGCCGGUGAUUUCAGCCUUCGCCGGCGACCAAGACGUGACACGCGAGGCUGCCAGCAACGGCGUCCUCAUCCAGAUGGAGAAAGGCGACCGAGCAUACCUCAAGCUGGAGCGGGGGAACUUGAUGGGGGGCUGGAAGUACUCAACCUUCUCUGGAUUCCUCGUGUUUCCCCUCUGACUGGCUCGUAUCGGGAAUGGAGGCAGGAGAGAGGCAGGAGGGGAGUGAGAAAGAGGCCGAAAAUUACCAGGGCGAGGAAGCGGCGACACCGGAAACUUCCUACGUGUUCCUAGCUACACUGGGUACCAAGGUGCGCGCCGCCCGCGGUCCAACUUCGUCCGCUCCCUUACUAAGAGAAGUAAAUUUCGCUUAGCUCUGCACACUCCCGUUUCCAAAAUUAGUCUCGCCUCCCCCAAGCCAGUUGCAGUAAUCGAGGAAGAGACUUUGCCUUGUCAUUAUGGUUCCUUACCCACGUCCAUGUCCCUAACAAUUAACGAAGUAAUGUGAAAUGUUUCUCCCGACCCGAUCCCCCUCUGAACCCUGCCACUUACUGAAACUUAGUAUGCCCCCCUGCCCCAGUUCGAAGAGGGGGUCAGUUUGGUUUCUGUUUGUUUUUGAAUGGGGCAGGUAGUUUUAAUAAACAGAUUUUGCUCUUCAAACACCGCGCCAGUUAAGCUGGAGAGAAUUCAUCCCCCGCUUAUUAGCGGACGAAAGACUCACCUUCGUGGUGACUGGUUUAACUAUACAUAAAUACGUAUCAUUUGUACACGAAGAGCUCUUCCAGGUGGACGCUGGCUGUAUUCCGUAUUUCUGUCCUGUUCGGAGUGAUCGUGAAAUCUAAGGCUGCUUGGUGUUUGUUCUCUGAUGCUUGUCAAUGCCCCGUGUUCUGUGGCUCCACCAAACGCCAAGGAGGUUCUUCGGGACUCUUCUUCCUCUGUAACAUACGUGUGAAUAGCCAAAUUUUAAUUUUGCUUUAAUCCAAUAAAGUCAAAGUGGGACUUUUAUUUUUCUGAAACAGCUUUCUGAACUUCGCCUUUUCCGGGUUGCGAGGUUGAGGUGGGCGGAAAAACAAGAUACUUGGAAGCUGCGAGGAGAGGCCAGGGCACAAGGCCUUCUUCACAAAGCCAUUUCUGCGCUGUCUCCCGCAGCAGGCUCGCUUUGCCUUCCCUGUGUCCCCUGCUUUGGUGCAAUGUGAGAUAUAUGACCCAAAUCCUACUAGCCGUGACUGAGAGCCUGGAAGCAAUCUGUUGCCCUCCCUCAAUUCCAAAUGCAUCAGGAAUUAUUCCCAAUUCUAGUACUCGAACCCGCCUGCCCCGCGUGACAGUGUCUUCACGCCUACUUUCCUUGGAUGUCUCCAGCUCUCUCCGCUCCGCGGCUCCCGAAGCACCUUACACUUUGUACCAGCGCCUCUGAACCUGAGGUCCACCCGCCAAACAACCUCGGCGGCGGCCAGACUUGCGAUUGCGCUCAUUCGUAGGAUUUUAAAGGGGUUCGUCCAGAAGUUUUGAUUGUACCGAAACAUAAUGUGCAAAGCAAAAUUGAAAUAAACGACUUCGUUUUAAGUCUGGAAAGCUGACCCUGUGUUGAACGCGGGUGAUGCAACGCCAGAAGCGGGCGGAAGCCAAGGGUCCAGGACUGAGAUCCGCGACCCGGUGGGUUCCUGUGGUACUGGGCCCUCCUCCAGGGUUUUUUUGGGUUGAGAUUCAGUUUUGAGUUUCAGUGGUUCUUGAGUGAGGGGUGGGGAAAGCAGGGGUUAACACCACCGCAGGCAAAAUUUCUGGCAUUUCUGUCUCCUGCCCCCAACCCCAUCCCCAGCGCUUCACAAGCACAGCAGUCCUGGGAACCCAGCUCCUCUUUGUCGACCGCACAGCUUAAAGUGCUUCUGGCAGCAGCGCCCUUCACAGGGCUAGGGACCGAGGGGGCCGUAGGUGACAAAAGGGGGUUCCGAGGGAAUGUAGUGGAACCGCCGGUCUCUUCCAUUCUCACAGUUCUGGUGAGAGGGGCCUUAGGGAAUUAAAUUUUUAAAAAGGUGAAUUUUUUUU